AAAAAUGCCGGUUAAGAAUCGAGUGCCGUCAUUGGCUAAGAAGAUCUUUUUGGCUGCCGCCUAAAUCGACAUUUGAAUCCGCCGUCGCGACACUGAAUGGCAGUUGGAUCGAGUUAUAACAGUUUGCCUCGCGUUCGUCUUGCCUUUCAGAAUUUCGAAAAAAGUGUUUAACGUCGUUCAAUUUCACCACCGAUAGUGAAAAACACGCGUUACUAUCUCUUUGAUUGAUAUAAUCGGUCAUCAAUCUACGAUUAAUUCUUACAACAGAAUAUUAUUCGUUAAUCUUUUUAGGUUGCAUCGAAUUCACCGUGAAUCGCUGGUCACGCGAUGCACAUAAAACAGGUUAUAAUACAGGGCUUCAGGUCCUACAAGGAGCAAACUAUCGUCGGUCCCUGUGACCCUGGACACAAUGUUAUUGUGGGCAGGAACGGGUCGGGAAAGAGCAACUUCCUUCAAGCCAUUCAGUUUGUUCUCAGCGACGAAUAUGCUCACCUGGGCAACGCCCAAUCUCUUCUCCACGAGAGUUUGGGCCCUCGAGUUAUUUCAGCUUAUGUUGAAAUUAUUUUUGACAAUUUUGACAGAAGGCUACCGAUAGAAAAGAACGAAGUUAGUUUAAGGAGAGUGAUCGGCUCUAAAAAGGACCAGUAUUUUCUAAGCGGGAAACUAGUGAGCCGUAACGAAGUUAUGAACUUGCUGGAAUCCGCGGGAUUUUCCAAAUGCAAUCCGUACUAUAUAGUGAAACAAGGAAAGAUAAAUGAAAUGGCAAUGGCGUCGGACUCUCGAAGAUUGAAACUCCUUCAAGACGUUGCUGGAACCCGAGUUUACGACUCCAAACGAAACGAGUCGAAUUCUCUCCUCAAGGAGACGCAGGGGAAGAUCGUAAAGAUUGAGGAUUUACUUAUAACCCUGGCCGAGCAAUUGAAGAAUUUGGACGAGGAAAAGGAGGAGCUUAAGGUGUACAAUCGUUUGGAUAAGACUCGUAGAUGUUUGGAGUACAUUGUUUACGAUCGGGAGCUAAAAUCGUUGAAGGAGAAGCUAGGAGAGCUCGAAGAAACUCGCCAAUCGUGUAACGCGGUGCAAGUAGUACUUGAAGCUGACGCAAAAACAGCCGAGGAGGCUGCACGCACUGCCGCAAAGAAAGUGAAGCAAUUGAAGAGAGAAGCUAGAGCGGAAAGAGAUCACCUCGACAGGCUGAAUUCUGAGCAUCAGCAACUGCUCAAAGAAAAAACUAAGCUCAGACUGACGGUACAAGACUUGAAGGUUGAAGUCAGUGGCGACUGUAAGGGCAAAGAAAAAGCCGAAGAAGAAUUGAACGCGCUUAGAAUAAAAAUUAAGAAGUCUGAACAAGAGAUGGAGAAGAUUAGACCCGAGUACGAGAUUGUAAAACAACGUGAGCAGGAAUACAGCAGGAAAUUGGCACUGAAUGAACGAAAGCGCAAAGAACUUUAUGACAAAGCAGGCAGAGUGACCUUGUUUAAAACAAAGGAAGAAAGAAAUCACUGGAUAAAGUCUGAAUUGGAUCAGCUGAGAGGACACAUCGUUGAGAAAGAAACUUAUCGCGCAGCUAUAGCCGAGGAUUUAAAAGUGGAUAACGAUAAAUACGCUGAUCUUGAGAAGAAAAUCGCGGAGCCCGCGAAAGACAUAAAAGAUCAGAUGAAAAGCAUUGAAGAGCGCAGUAAAAGUUACAAAGAACUAAUAUUGGAGAAAAAUCAGUGUCAAGCAAAAAUCAAGGAUCUAUAUCGCCGAUGCAGUGUGCUAGAGCAGAGGCAAAACGAAUUAAAAGAAGAUGUGACAAAGCAAGAUCAACUCUUGGGACGGGUCGUCGGUAAGUCGACGUUGAACGCUAUACAAAGCGUUCGCAAAGUGCUGAAUACGUUUCGCGAGCGCGGUGAUUCGGAAGAUGAAUUGCAAUCCUACUACGGACUUUUAGUGGAUACUUUUCAAUGCGGAGAAGCUCUUCACACGGCCGUCGAAGUGUCCGCAGGAAAUAGAUUGUUCUAUCACGUCGUCGAAUCCAACGUACUCGCUUCGAAAAUUCUUAGCGAAAUGAAUAAACAGCAAUUGCCCGGCGUUGCUGAUUUCAUACCGUUGGAUCGUAUUUUAGUACGACGCGUCGAUUAUCCCAAAAACGUCGACGCGAUUGCACUGAUCUCUCAACUAAAUUAUGAUCCCAAAUAUGACAGAGCUAUCAGAUUCGUUUUUGGCCGAACUUUGAUUGCCAGAAAUUUAGGGGCUGCCGUGGCCUUGGCUCGCUCUUCGGGAUUGGACUGCGUCACUUUAGAAGGCGACCAGGUUUCCCCUCGAGGAAUGAUCACCGGAGGCCACUUUAACACAAAACACUCUCGCCUCAAUAUAUACAAAUUGAGAAACGAGCUCAAAACUGCUUCAGAGCUCAAAGCCGUUGAAGAUGAAAUCGCAAAUAUUGAAAAGGAGAUCGAGACCACCAACGAAAGUUUAAAUUUCUGCAUCGCGGGUAUACAGAAAAUCGAGCUGAAGGAUAGAAUCUCGAAAGACAUAAUAGACAAAUCAACGGCGAAUGUAAGAUUGUUGAAAGAAGAACUCGAGACUGUCGAGAAAUCGCGUACGUUAAAAAUGAAAAUUUUGGCGCAAUGCGCCAAUGAUCUCGAAACGUUGAACGCUACCAAGGAAAGUCUGGAAAACGAAUUUAACCAGGAACUGGCAAUUGAGUUGUCCGAAGAAGACCAAAAGAAGAUCACAACACUUAACGAAGAAAUAAUGCGUUUGACAAGACUGAACAAAGAGGCUUUCACUAAGCGGGUACAGUUAGAGAUGGAGAAAAACAAGCUCGAAAUAGAAUUGACAAAUAAUUAUAUGCGUCGUAUGGAAGAGCUGAUUCAAGCCUUGCAAGAAAUGUCGCUGGGAGAUCGUGAGCGCCAGCUUGAAUUGUCCGAGGCUCAGCUUAAGGAGGUUAAAACCAACCUCGCCAAAAUAAACUCCGAUAUAGCCCUGCAGAAUCAAAAGAUUAUCGAGGCAGGGGAAAACCAAAAAGCGGCGAUAUCGUAUUUAGAUAAGUACAAAGUCGCGGAAAAACGAGCUAAGGAAAGGCUCGAGGAAGACUUGCAAAGUCUCGAGAUGCUCGGGAUCCGACUCAGCACUAUUCACCGGAAGAUAGACGAGAUUACUAGGAAGAUCAUGGAACUCGGUCCACUUCCGAAUUCGGCAUCGAUCGCAAAGUACGGAAAACUUUCGACGAAAGAAAUUCUCAAAGAAAUUGAAAAGACUCAUAAUAAACUUAAGGAAUACAGCGACGUAAAUCAGAAAGCUCUGGAUCAGUACUCGACGAUGACUGACGAGGAAAAAAAACUGACCGAACGGAAGUUGGAACUCGAUCGCGGAUACGAAAAAAUAAAAGAAUUAAUGACUGUUCUUGAACAGCACAAAUACAACGCAAUUGAAUUCACUUAUAAACAGGUGAGCAAGUAUUUCAGUGAAGUUUUUCAAAAGCUCGUACCGUCUGGACGGGGUGAGCUUGUAAUGCAGACAUCGCAUGACGACGAAGAGAGUGAUAAAGCUGCCGUUGAAUCGGCGAUCUGCGAUAGUUUUGUCGGCGUCGGCAUUCGAGUAUCCUUCGGAAAUUCGGGGAGCAUGAUGCAAGAGAUGAAGCAGUUAUCAGGGGGACAGAAAUCGGUCGUAGCUCUCGCACUGAUAUUCGCAAUACAAAAGUGUGACUUGGCACCGUUUUACAUAUUCGAUGAAAUUGAUGCAGCAUUGGACGCCGAGCACAGGAGCGCCGUCGCCGGUGUUAUUCGCGAACUGAGUUCCACCGUGCAGUUCAUCACUACGACCUUCAGGCCAGAAUUAAUUGAACAUGCCCAUAAACACUACGGAGUUACGGUUCGAAAUAAGGUUUCGUACAUCGAGUGCGUGACGCGGGAACAAGCACUUGAAUUUGUCCACGAUGCGUCAAACGAUUCCGAAAACUAA